CCACGCCCACAGAGCUGGCUCUAUUGCAUCACAGCCCCGUCCGCGCAGAACGACAGGGGAGGCUGCAUGAAGCUCACGCGCGUUUCGGCAGUUACCGUCGUGGUGCUGCGCGGGACCCGCCCCCGGGCUCUCCUGCCUGGUGCGCUGGCUCCGCCGAGGGGAGAAGGUACCCAGAGCUCCUCGCGCGGUGAGGGAAGUCACUACGGAGAUCCUCUAUCUGAUGAGGGCGGAUGCGAUAUCCAUGGCCAGUCCACGAUUGGAGCUCCAAUGGCAUCCAGACCAGACUCCCUGGAGAGUCUCGACGGCGAGCCCGUCACGAUCAAGAAGGCGUACACCCUUGUGAAGCGCAAGCUGGCGGAGCAGUUCCAAACAUCAACGCCGAUAUGCUGGAGAGGACCAUCUCAGGGAAGUUCAUGCUGGACAGCAUGUUCAAGAGUUGUGGGUUGA